AUGACCCGUGUGUUACUGGAAUUGAUAACUUUGGAAAAGCAAGAUGGGAAUUGUAGAGGAAAAAGUUUGAGUGAGGAGGGAAAAAAAAAUGUUCUCAAAGAAUUAGCAAAGCAGUAUCCAUUGAACUUAACUUGGAACAAAAUUAAGAAUAGGUUAGACACUUUGAAGAAGCAGUACGAACUCUAUCGUAAAAUCACGUUUGGAUCAACUGGUCUUGGGCAUAAUUCAAGGACAAGAACUCUUGAUGCACCUGAGCAUUGGUGGAGAGACAAAAUCCUGGCUUAUCCCGAAGCAGCGAAACUCCGUUCGAAUCCACUACGGAAUCUUCCGCUUCUUGAUGUGGUUUUCCGAGAUGAAACUGUCGUGGUUGAGGAGUCAUGGCAACCAAGACGUGGUGUACACCGUCGUCUUCCACCAGUUGACUCUGAAAAUGAGUAUACGAACAAUGAAGAUGGAACUGAAAGACAUGAUACAAGGCAGGAUUAUUCACGUGAUCCUUCAGAAAUACAAGAGCAAGACUGGUUCCAAAACGAACCAUUGGAAGAGGUUCCAGAUCUGCCUGAGGUGGAACCAUCGUUGCAACCAGAACAUGAUUCUUUCACACAACCUCGAGUGAAAAGUGCAACUCGUAACCGUAAGCGUAAGCAUACUCCAGAGAACUCGACGCUCGCCCGUAUUGCUGCGACUAUGGAAGAGAGGAAUGGUAUUUUGGAACAGCUGACAUCAUCUAAAACCGAGGCAAAGAACUCUACGGAAGAACGCAUGGCUCUUGUUGUCAAGUAUGUGAGGGCGGUACCUGAUCUAGUACCUAUGACACCCCUUUAUUGGGCAUCUCUUGAUCUUAUUGCAAUAAACGAUGUGGUGCGGGGAUUGUUUCUCGCUCUUCCGGAUGAUGAAAAGUUACCUUUUCUGAAGCGUCAAACCAAGGAGUCUCGCAAUGACUUCUUUGAUGAUUAG